UAUUUCUUAGAAAGCACCACGUGGAUAAUUAUAAAGGCGGAGGGGGAUUCAUUAAAGAACUAAACGUUGUUCUGCGCAUGCGUACAACAUUGUACAGGCUUCAAGUGACAAAGACCUAAGAGUAGUGUGGUGAAGAUGUCAGUCGGUGCAGGUGAUGCAGAGCCGGCAGUGCUGCCCGAAGCGGAUGUCACGGAAGGCGAAGAUGUGACAGAUGCCAAGCCGGAUCGCAGCGGGCGCUUCUCUCUAUUUAGUAAGAAGAAAAAGCAUUCUGGUGAAGAACAUGAUUCCUCAACUGAAACUGCUCAGCGAGUUCGUGUUCCAUUACUGCAGUAUAACAUGAAUUAUAAAAAAGUUGGAAAAUGCAUAAUUAUAAACAACAAAAACUUUGGUGUGAACACAGGUAUGAGUGCACGAAAUGGCACAGACAAAGAUGCAGGUGACCUGUUCAAGUGUUUCCAGAUGCUGGGAUUUGAAGUUUUUGUCUAUAAUGAUCAGACCACACAUGAAAUGCAGUCCUUGCUUCAGAAGGUGUCUCAAGAAGAUCACAGCAACUGUGCUUCUUUUGCCUGUAUCCUGUUAAGUCAUGGAGAGGAAGGCACAAUCUAUGGAACUAACGGUGCUAUGCCAAUAAAAUGCCUAACCUCCCUCUUUAGAGGGGAUCUAUGCAAGAGCCUUGUAGGAAAACCAAAGCUCUUCUUUAUUCAGGCUUGUAGAGGCUCAGAAUUUGAUGAGGGGAUACAGACAGAUUCUGGACCAACAAACAAUGAAGUGGAAACUGAUGCCAAUCCAAGAUACAAAAUUCCAGUAGAAGCAGAUUUCCUGUUUGCAUAUUCAACUGUUCCUGGGUAUUACUCCUGGCGAAAUCCAGGCAGAGGCUCCUGGUUUGUACAAGCACUGUGCACAGUUCUUAAUGAAUUUGGAACCAAGCUGGAAAUUAUGCAGAUUCUCACAAAGGUUAACUAUACUGUUGCAACUAACUACGAGUCUUAUUCCGAAGAUCCAAACUACAAUGAGAAGAAACAAAUACCUUGCAUGGUCUCCAUGCUGACAAAGGAGCUUUAUUUCUCAUAAUGUUACAGAUGUCAUUCUGAGUGUGAUGGGUAUUUUCAUAAGAAAAAAAAAGUUAAGGAAGUGUAUCAAGUUGUAACUCUGUUUGUUAUAUAAUGCCUUUUUUAAGGCAGCACUUUUAUAUGAAACCAGAGAUAAAGUGCAGCUUGCAUUUAGAGUUAUCUAUGGUGUGCCUUAUGAGAAGCCUCAGAUUUUUAAGCUACAGAUAAUACAGUUAUUUAUUUUUAAUACAGUGCGAAGAUGGAUGUUUUUAUAUGAGAAACGGUUUUACAGAAUUUUACCUUUGUAUGCACUUCUGUCAAAUGACUUUAUAUUUGCUGAGAAAUCUCAGAAUUGAAGGUUCAUCUUUUUUACCAUGAAUUUAAAUGUGUUUCACAUCAUGGUGUACUAAAAUUGAUAUCAAACCUUUAA